AUGGACGACUGUUUAAAGUACUUUAAGACAGUCUUGACUAAGGUCAACCCAAACAAAAUAUUUCAAAUUCCAUGUUGGAUUCCAGUGUUACACGAUCCCAUUAUUGAAUUUGACCUUGAACCUCUAACUUACCGACAAAUAAGAAAAAUUAUUCGUAAAAUGAAUACAUCUGGCUCACCUUGUCCUCUAGAUCAAAUCUCCAUUAUAAGUUUUAAGCAUUGCCCAUACCUCCGAACAUAUUUAACCGAACUAAUUCAAGCAGUCUGGCUUUCCGGAUCUGUACCUGAUGAAUGGAAGAAAGCUUGUACUAUAUUAAUCCACAAGAAAAAUGAUGCUAAUCUCCCCGAGAACUUCCGUCCAAUAACUCUACAAUCCGUACCACUGAAAGUAUUCACUUCAAGUCUCCGUAAUGCAAUGUUCUCUUUCCUACUCGCCAAUAACUUUAUCGAGCACAAAAUUCAAAAGGGCUUCACCCCUCAUAUAUUGGGGACAUUUGAACAUACAGCACAAAUGUCUUAUGUAAUCAAUCAAGCACAAAUAAGACAGCGAUCUCUCGUUAUAAGCAUUCUUGAUCUCAAGAAUGCGUUUGGUGAAGAACAUCACAAUUUAAUCCAAUCUGUUCUUGGCUAUCAUCACAUGCCUUAA